AUGACGAAAUUUCACGAUACACAACCUAUCUGGGAAGGAUCGUUUGAUUGCUUAGCUCCCUUCAUCAGGCUCAAAAUGUUUCAGAAUCGUUUAUUCCAACGACAGAUUGGUUGCGCCCUUCAGUUUGGACGCUUAGAGGCAAGAUCCCACUUCUCUCGCUCAUCUCUCUUACUCAAUGAGUUGAAGAAAAAAGACCAGGUAGAAUCUCCAGAAGAGCUAGCCAAGACUUCUCACAUGAAAGCUGAACCAUUGGAUUUUACCAAUCAUGCACCUAUAAAGGCAGCCAAGGGAAAGGUUUAUCCAAAAUCGAAAUAUGAGUCCAAGUCUUAUCAACUACCUAAAUGGAAAGAAGCACUGGGUGAACUAGUCAUUCGUACUUUCAAAUUAGAUAUGGAUAAAGUGAGAGCUGGGCCCGUGGCAGGUUUUUACUACUACUCGCUUUGUAAGGAACAAGCUUUGCAGUACGAAGGAGAAGAGUUGUCAGAGACGGCGAAAUUUUUCUAUGAGGACUUGAAACUACCACGUACCUUUUCCCAAUGGUUUCAAAUUACUCUACUUCAUGAAUGGAUCCUUUUCGUUCGUAUGCGUGCAAUGCCGUUCAAGUAUGGUCGUAAUUACCAGCAGAAGUUGGUGGAUAGAACUUUCGCAGACAUUGAGAUGAGGCUGUUUGAAGAGAUGAACGUUAAUUCUGGUAGGAUUGCUGAUCAAUACUUGAAGGAUUUCAACACUCAAAUGCGUGGUGCUAUCUUCGCUUACGAUGAAGGUUUCUUCACUGACGAUGCAACACUUGCAACUGCAGUAUGGAGAAAUUUAUUCAGUGGUAGAAAAAAUAUCGAUAUGGUCCAUCUGGAGGCAGUUGUGAGAUACAUCCGUUCUCAACUUUACGUGUUGAGUAGGUUGUCUGACAGGGAUUUUGCAAUGGGUAAUUUCAAGUUCGUACCACCAAAUGAGUCGGUGAGUGUCUUGACACCAGAGCAAGAAGCCCAAAUUAAGGAAAGAGUCGCAGAGAAGUACAAGGCCAUGGACGCAGAUCCAAACACUUUACCAAGUAAUAGAAGUAAACUAUCAUACACUAAUUGA